AUGGCGCACCCAAUAUAUCUUGAACCUAAAUACCACAGGUUGCCGCCUGUAAUAUACGCGCAAGAGCGAGACGCACAACUGGCCAGUGAACUAGUGGGGAUUGCUGGUCAGAAAAAAAUAAUAUAUAGUGGAAAUACCCACAUAAUUGGUGACCCCGACGAGUGGACAACCGCAUAUAAAAAAAAACUUCAAGCAUGGAUUCAGAAGAACAGCCCGGAUCUCUGGUUUUCACAAAUUGAAGCACAGUUUGACAUCGCAACAAUAACCAAUGAGAACACAAGAUUCUCAUAUGUAAUCGCAAACCUCGAGGAGAAACAGGCUCGAGAAGUAGAAGAUGUCAUUAAACAACCGCCGACAGAAAACCCCUACUCCUACUUGAAGAAAGUACUUAUAAGCAGACUAUGUGCUUCGGAAGAAACCAGAAUCAAACAAAUCCUCUUUGAAGAAGAGUUAGGAGAUCGCCGUCCAUCGCAGUUUCUUCGACAUUUACGUUCCCUUGCUGGCCACACGACAAUCGGUGAAAGCAUGUUCAGAUCACUAUGGAUGCAAAGGCUUCCUGCGUACAUACGCGCCAUACUGCAAACACAAUGCGACCUGCCUCUAGAUAAACUAGCAGCUACCGCAGAUAAAAUUUUAGAGGUACAGCCGUUAAUCCACCACGUAGAUUCAACCAAGCAAGUGCACUAUAAUAAACCUUCUGAGCAACGCCAGAGUGAUCAACUGGAAGAAUUAACCAAGCAAGUACGCGACUUACAGAAACAAAUUCGAUAUUUAAAUCAAAAAGGAAGAUCAAGAUCAAAAAGUAGAGAACGGGUGGAAUACACAAAAUGUUGGUACCAUAAUCAAUUCGGCAGAAAAGCAAGAAAAUGUCAGGCACCCUGCUCCUGGAAUAUGUACCGUAAAACAUCCAAUACAAAAAACGAGGAAAAAGAUCAGUAA